AUGCGGCUCCUCAACGUCGACACAUUUAGCUUUACCGAGUACUUCGGGACGACCCCUCCGCCUUAUGCGAUCGCAUCGCAUCGUUGGACAGCGGGCGUAGAGGCGAUGUGGGAGGAUGUGCAUGAGACGAAAAAGACGGACACAGCUGGGUAUCGCAAGGUGCAAGGAUUCGUGGCAUAUCUCCGAGCUGAGUUGCCGCUCGUGAAGUGGCUGUGGGUCGACACAUGCUGCAUCAAGCAGCACAGCGAUCGAGAGCUGUCGGCGGCGAUCAAUUCAAUGUUCCAGUGGUAUCGUAACGCGGAGGUGUGUUUGGCGUAUCUGGAGGAUGUUGCAGUCGCGCAUGACACGACCAUCUUCGAGCAGAGUACCUGGUUUCGGCGCGGAUGGACGUUGCAGGAGCUACUGGCCCCUAGCAUUGUCGUCUUUCUCUCACGCGACUGGAAGGCGGACGGCAGGGAGACGAUGAUGGAUGAGGACCUCUCAUACUGCCUUCUUGGUAUUAUGGGGGCAGCAUGA